CCCAGGGCACUCGGGACUCGGGACUGGCAGGGAUGCACCCCCUGGCACUGCUCGGCGUCCUGGUGGCUCUGAGCCACAGCAUUCUGGCCUCCAAAGUGUGCCCCAGGCCACCAGAAGUGCUGUUUGCCACGAUUAAUGUGGACAAAAAGGUGUAUGAAGUGGGCGAGGAGGUGGAGUACACCUGCCGGCCCGGCUUCCUGCCCAACAACGGGCAGAGGAAGUACACCUGCCUCCCGACGGGCAARUGGGCCUUCAACACCCUGCUCUGCCUCCCAAAGAAAUGYCCCCCUCCUCCACCCCUGCUGAAUGGGAAAAUUGAUGUUCAAGAGUUCCAGUACCAGAGCACUGUAACUUUUUCCUGUGAUCCAGGCUACAACCUCGUUGGGUCGAGAACGAGCCAGUGCAUGGCAGAUGGAAAGUGGACUGGAACCUUUCCACAGUGCCAACCUGUGACCUGUGCACCUCCCUCGCUCCCGGAAUUCUCAGUCCUUUCUUACCGGCGCCURAAUCCUGGGAAUGUUUCUCAUUUCCUGGACACAAUCCUGUUUGAAUGUGUCCCUCCUCUGGCCCUCAUUGGGAACGAGACAGCCACCUGUAUGGCCAAUGGCACCUGGAGCAGCAUUCCAGUGUGCAAGGUUGUCACCUGCCCCACACCAACAGGAAUAGAAAAUGGGUUUGUAGAGUUUGCAGUSCGCAGAACUUACCACUACAACGAAAGUGUCAGCUUUGGCUGCCAGACAAGCUACGUGAUGGAGGGAUCCAAGUUCUCCCGCUGUGAAAACACUGGGAACUGGUCCACAAAGCCAAUCUGCAGAGCCCCGUGUAAAAUACCAGUCAAGAAAGCUGUAGUAUUGUACAAUGGGGAGAAGAAGAAAGUUCAGGAYGACCUGAAGGAUGGAAUUCUGCACGGGGAAACUGUGUCCUUCUUCUGCAAGAACAAGGAAAAAUCCUGUGCCUACACUGUGGAUGUGGAAUGUGUGGAUGGAAACUUCACCCUCCCUGCCUGUUUCAAAGAACGUGGCUUUUUCUCAAGUCUGGUGAAGAAAGACUACUCAGAAAUGAAAGCAUGUGAAGAUGAAGCCUGAAGCAGAGAAAUAACACAGCGCUAAAUUUCUGCCUUGCUCAGAGAGAACAUUUCACAUAUGAGAGGAAAGCUUAGGUCCUGUGAGUGUAAAUUCCCAGGUGAAUUCCAGACUCUGUGAAUGCUUUUYCCUCCCUCCAUCCUAUCCAGUCUCCUCAAGAUAAAACACAAUUUUCCAGYCAUUAACUUCCAUUCUGCUGUCUCUGCUUUCUCCCAAAUCCCUGCAAUACGGCUUCUCUUUCCAUAUUUCCAAUGUUUAUGAGCUGUAAAUGACUUCCUCAAUAGCAGUUGCUUUACAAUAAAGUGAUUUCCAACCA